CUAAGCAAGACGGCGGGCUAAGGCCGGCUUUUCAGCGGUACCUGGCAGUCUGCGCGGCGAGGAAGGGAGAGCGCACUAGGGGCGCGGGCUGAAUCAGGGUUCGCGCCCCGGCUCUUCCUGUUCCUGCCGCACCCUCUUCCCGGGCGGCUAGGGGCGGGGACCGCGGGCUCAGUGGUGGCGGGGCGGAGGACAGCGGAGAUGGAGGAGCCUGACGCGGCGCGGCCACCCUCUCGCCUAGUCAGGCUGCUGUCGGCGCUCUUCUACGGGACAUGCUCCUUCCUCAUCGUGCUGGUCAACAAGGCGCUGCUGACCACAUACGGUUUUCCCUCACCAAUUGUUCUUGGAAUUGGGCAGAUGGCCACCACCAUAAUGAUACUGUAUGUGUCCAAGCUAAAUAAAAUAAUCCACUUCCCUGAUUUUGACAAGAAAAUCCCUGGAAAGCUGUUUCCUCUGCCCCUUCUCUACGUUGGAAACCAUAUAAGUGGCUUGUCAAGCACAAGUAAAUUAAGCUUGCCAAUGUUCACUGUGCUCAGGAAGUUUACAAUUCCACUCACUUUACUCCUGGAAGCCAUCAUACUCGGGAAACAAUAUUCCUUGAACAUCGUCCUCAGUGUUUUGGCCAUCAUGCUUGGGGCUUUCAUAGCAGCUGGCUCUGACCUUGCAUUCAAUUUGGAAGGCUACAUCUUUGUAUUCUUGAAUGAUAUCUUCACAGCAGCAAAUGGAGUUUAUACCAAACAGAAAAUGGACCCAAAGGAGCUGGGGAAAUACGGAGUGCUUUUCUACAAUGCCUGUUUCAUGAUCAUCCCAACUGUCAUUAUUAGUGUUUCUACUGGAGACUUUCAGAAGGCCACUGAAUUCAGUCACUGGAAGAACGUCUUAUUUAUCAUUCAGUUUCUUCUUUCCUGUCUUUUGGGGUUUCUGCUGAUGUACUCCACAGUUCUUUGCAGCUAUUACAACUCGGCUCUGACCACAGCAGUGGUUGGAGCUAUCAAGAAUGUAUCGGUUGCCUACAUUGGGAUGUUGGUUGGUGGCGACUACAUUUUCUCUCUCUUAAACUUUAUAGGAUUAAAUAUUUGCAUGGCAGGUGGUUUAAGAUACUCCUUUUUAACAAUGAACAGCCAGUUAAAAUCUAAACAACCCAUGGAUGAAGAAAGCAUCCCUCUGGAUAUGAAGAGCUAGACUGGAAGAUGGAGUUACAGGCCUAGGCUGGAGAGGACAGAUCCCACACCUGGGACAGUCACCUGCUUGGUCAGAGCAGGAACAGGAAUGUCUGUGAAAUACAAAGAAAGCUACCUCACACAUCACUGCACAUGAGCCACAAGGGACCCAAGACUGACAGCACAAAACCUUCCCUGACUAAGUGAAUUUGCUCAAAGUCAGCCUUGUGCUGAGGGGAUGUUUCAAGGGUGACUGCUUAUCAGCACCUUGGCCUUAAUUUCAAAGGUCCCAGCCAAAGCAAGUGCCAGGGAGAACUUUUUGUUGUUGAAACAUCUCUUUAUUUUCAUAAAAUCAGUCCGUUUUGAUUUAAACUGUCUUGGUAUGUUGUUUUCCAACUCAUCAAAGUGAAAUAGAAAGCCAUUUCUAUAUGCCUCACAGGGUGGUAUUGCAGUAUGGUAGAAAACAGAGUCAGUUUUUCAGUGUCGAAGAAUACUCCUGGGGCAGAGUGCUCACUAUAGACGUGAGGCCCUAAGUUUGAAUUCUUACACCCAUAUAAAAAGCCAGGCAUGGUGCAUGCCUGUGUCUGCCUUAGUUCUGGGCAGAGAUAUGCAUAUCCUGAGACUCUCUGGCCAGCCAGUAUAGCUGAAAUGGUAAGUGCCAGGUUCAGUGAGAGACACUGUCUCAAAAUAUAAGGUGGAGAAUGACUGAGGAAGACACCCAUCAUCAGCCUCUGGCCUCUGCACACACAUGUACACACACAUUUAUUUCUCCCCACAUACACAUUACUCCACCUUAAAGGAACAAGAAAAUACCCUCUUUAGGACAAACAUUGGAAAAACUUGGCAAAAAACCCCCCAAAUCCUCAGUACACCCCCAUGUUCUUGGACAUUUGAAUGUAUGGUCCCCAGUGGGGUGGCCUUGCUGGAGGAAGCAGGUCACUAGGGUGGACUUUGAGGUUUCAAAGCCUCCAGCCAUUUCCGGUUUGCUCUCUGGGCCACCGCGUCUGCUGCCUGCUGCCAUGAUGCUCUGCUGUGAUGACCUCUCUGGAACCCUAGGCCCAAAUAAACAUUUUCUUCUAUUA